GUUCGACUCCUUCUUGUCAAUAUCAAGCUAUAUUCGCAAGUAUUCGCGAUAUACGGAGUUUAUGUGUGGCUGUUGAUGUUGUGAAGGCAAGCAACGAUGGCUUCACCGGAAAAGGCUGCCGAACCGACGGCGGGAUGUGAGCCACAGACCGCCACAACGAAUGCGCCCUCUAUUGAGGACAACGAACCAGCGGUUGUAGACAUUGAGAAGAGUUUCGCAGCGUGGAUAUGUGUCUUUGGCAGCUUUUUGUUCCUGAUGCCCACAUAUGGCAUGAUGCAGUCUGUCGGAACGUUUCAAUCUUACCUCGAGCUAAAUCAGCUUUCCGAUUACUCAGCUGGUGAUAUUGGCUGGAUCCCUGGCAUGUACAUGUUUGUGUCCAUGCUUGUCGCCAUUCAGGUCGGCUCUUUUCUUGAUCAAAGAGGUCCUUUCGCUAUGAGUAUCGUUGGAGGAGGCGGCAUCGUCAUCAUGUUUGUUCUUCUUGCUGAGUGCAAGCAGUACUGGCAUUUCAUGCUGUGCUUCGGAAUCUUUGGUGGACUCGCAACUGCUAUUGCUGGUACUAUCCCCGUAGCAGUUGUUGCAAAGCUCUUCUCUCGAAAACGUGGCUUCGCUAUUGGGAUAGCCCUCACCGGCUCAUCAACAGGAACAGUGAUUUUUCCCAUCAUGCUUCGAUCACUGCUCCCAAAGCUUGGCUGGAGUUGGUCGAUGAGAAUACUUGCCUUCGUCAUUCUCGGUAUCUUCACUCUCGGAACAAUUUGCUUCAUUCCCUACCGUCGACUUAUAAAACUUGUCAACAUGCCGAUAACGAAGAAAGGAGGCAUUUCUCUCCUCAACUUCUCUGCCUUCCGGUCUGUAGCUUUUACCCUCGUUUGCGUCAUGUUCUUCGCCACUCAGUUCGUUCUUUACGGAAUUGGUGGCCUGCUGCCGACUUUCGCGGUUCAGGCUGGCUUGACAGCCGAGACUGGUUACACAUUGGUUUCGAUCAUCGGCGGUGCUUCGGCUUUCGGUCGUGUUAUUCCUGGCUUGGUUGGUGAUAAGCUAGGCCAUUAUAAUGUUUUGAUUUUCAUGAUGGCUCUGACGUUGGUCUUUAUGGGUACACUAUUUGUUCCUUUUGGCGACAACAGUGUCGUGCUGUACGUCUUUACAGGCAUAUGGGGUUUCUGUUCAGGAGGGUUCUUGUCCAUCACUCCAGUCUGUGUUGGCAAGACAUGCGAGCCAAAGGAUUACGGACGAUAUUACGGAACGAUGAAUUUCGUCAUCAGCUUCUCUCUACUUAUUGCCAUCCCAAGUAGCGGUACAAUGAUAGAGAAGAUGGGAACUCAAGCUCUGAGCGGUUUCCUCAUGGGAGUCCUGGCUCUAGGUCUGGGCUGCUUGUUUGCAUCACGAGCCGUCCUGGCAGGAAAUUGGUUUGGAAUCAAGACCAAGAUUUGAAAAGGCUAUGUGGAUCUUUCGAAGAAAAAAGACCGUUUUAGACAUUACAAUGGCGUAUGAAUAGACUAGAAGCUUGAAUUCCAACAUCAUGGCUACCAAUGCAAGUGUUUCGAAC